AUGUCGGUACGUCGUUUGAUCCAUAUAGUUCCCUCUUCGAAACUGGACUCUUUAAAGGAGGAGGAUUCGAUCCCUCCGGGGCACGGUCAACCUAAGAAAACCUCUACAACCGGUCUGACAUUUUCAACAAAUAAUGAACACAGGAGCAACAGCAGUCUGCCGUUGUCGAAACCCAGGUCUGGGAGUAGCGCGUCCAAUAGCACCGCAAGUUCUAGCGGAAAGAAUAUCAGCUCAAGGCGCCCUAGUGCCAACGUAGGAUUCGAUAUCGGUAGCCAAGACGCUCUCAAAAGUGUGUCAGGCUUCCAUAAUACAUACGUGUCUCCAACGAAGUAUAUUCGGCCAAUAUCAGACGACUCUAUCGGUACAUCAAGCACAGAAAUAUUCUCUUCUUCCCACUCGAACACAACGUCUGAUUCAUUAUGUCCAUCAGAUAUAAGCUCAGAGGAGAGUGAAAUAGGAAGCAACAAGCUCGGUGAUAAUUCCUUUGCCAAGACCAUAAAGGAAGUUGAGAGCAGAAGCAAUAUCAUCACGCCUUUAAAAAAAAACCAAACUGGGUCAAUACUGCACAAAACACGCACAGCCGGUAGUGCUGAUAAGACCAUUUGUUCAAUGAGUACAAUAACUACAUGCAUUCCAUCCCGCCAAAAUUCUGUAACAACCCCUAAACUAUCCAGAGUGAAAGGAGUUCCUGGAUCGACUAAUACAACAAAUAGUGUAACUACGUCACAAGUUUCUUUUAUAAGCGAGAAUGAUUCUCCCCUCAAACAGUGCAUGAGUACCACAGCUUUCCAUGAACCUAAACUAAUGCCAAUUACAAAAACACCUUAUGCACACUCCAAUAGCACUUCGGCAAUAUUACCAUAUAAGACAACCCAGCUGACUCCUUCUCAACGUUAUCGUUUGAGAAAAGAGCAAAAUGAUCAAUCUUUGCGUAAAUGCAUUCAAAAGAAAGAAAAAUUUUAUGAAGACCAGGAUGCUAACUUGGAACUUCAAGAGGGUGACGUUGAUGGCUCUUUGAUCUGGAACAUCCCAAUGGCUUCCUUAUCAACCAGCUCUUUUUUGACGCUGUCUAAAUUCAGCAAUAAGGAAAAAAGUUUUGAUUCAACACCAACCGAUGAAGAAGUAUUGGCACAAGGAAACAGCCAUACACAUAAUCAACAUAUACAGUCGCAGCAUCAAACUUACGGUACUAAAAAGCAUUCGUUAUAUUCGAACCACAAGUUUGGAGGAUCUUGUUUGGAUUACAAGGAGCUUCCUCCGACAUGUAUUCCUGGGAUCUCUCCUAUCUCUGAUUCGCAAUACGUCCAGGAUACUAUGAAAAAUCUUUCCCAGGCUUAUAUACAUAGUUCCGAAAAGAUCUCUAAAAAUAUUCUCUCUGGUCGUUCUAAGUCCGUACAGUGUUUACCAUUGGAGUAUAAAGAAGCCAGCAAUCAAGGUAUGGAAGAUCUGAUGUUGGUUUCAGAAGACAAAAUAAAGGCCGUAAGCCACUUUCGCCCUAGUUGGCUGCCUCCAAAAGACUCCAAAGAGAGGAAACUACAAGACAAGCAAAUCUAUAAAAACAUUGACUUAGCAUCCAUGGAGGAGUUACAAAAAAGUAAAGAACGUGAUGAUAGAUCAAAGAAAAAUGAAGAGAAUAGAGUUAGAUUUCAACACCUAUUGGACCGGGGUAUUACUCGUAACUCCACAUUGAAUGAAUUAAAGAAAAUUGUUUGGGAAACACCUUUCACGUCUACUGUACGACUUCAAAUAUACAAUCAGCUCUUACAAAGUGACAAUCGUAUAAUAUCAGAGUGCUUUAUAGAGUCGUUUGAGGAAAUGAUGCAAUUACUGAAUAAAAUGGAUUUCCCCAAGGAUAAAGAAACCGAACUAGAACAAUUGGUUGAACAUGGCAUACAAGAGAGGGUGUUUUACCGAAGCGGAACGAACAAGCAAAUUCUUUCUGACCUGAUGUUGUUGUUGCAAAUUAAAUCCAUAUCCCAGCAAGGUUUGAUUACUGGUGACGAAUUGUUAUUCUAUCAUUUUUUGACUGAUGAAUCCUUUGGAUCGUUGAAGGAAAUUUGGGAAAUUGUCAACCUAAUUCAAAUGACAUGUUUCGGUGAAAUUUGCAAAGAGAAAUAUGACUCAAGAAUACUCAACCCUAGGGGAAUCGUUGCCCACCUUCUACGUAAGGAUGAAUUCAAGGACGAAUUCAACGGCGACUGCUUAAAUAGCAACACAUGGUGGAACAUAUUGCAAAGAAUAGACCAUAGACUCUUUAUGUGGGUAAUGGACAUAAUUGUCGUCCAUAAUAGUCAGAACUUUGCGAACUAUCCCGUAAAAAUCGAAGCGUUCAAAGACAAAUCAUGGGAAUAUUAUAGAUCUAAGAAAGUAGUUGUUAACUAUAAGAUCUUAGUUUCAUUAAUGGUUAAUGUACUAAUAAACUAUCAUUUCGGAUACGAUAAUUUGAAGGACUUAUCGGAUUUGAAGGACCAGCACUUUUGUAUUCCACUUUAUACAGAGGAUAGCAUCGAAGAGGAAAAACUUAACGAUCUUUUGACCAAGCGGUGGUUACAUUACUACAGGAAAUUACGUUAG